AACUACGGCCUACUUCUUGGCCUGCACCCAAUGGAGUUAUUUUUAUUUCAGGCAUAUUGGUUUGCUGAUCAGCAAAAACGUAUUGAAACUAAUUACAAAAUAUAACAACAAAAUAGAAAUUGAAGGUUAUGUUUGUGCUCACUCACAAAACAUAUACACUCAAGAAGGUUUAAUUCCAUGCUUCCAUGCUAUUCAAUGGCAAGCUUUUGUGGCUUUUCCUUUUCUCUUCUGUCACCUCUGUAUCCUUUUUUUGUGCUCGGUGCUCGCACGCUCGCAGUAAAUAUAUGUUUUGUGGUGUGCUCGGUUUGUUCUGGUUCUUGCAGGAUGUUGGAUUAUUUGUUGUGGUAAUUUUUUCUUCAAUCUUCUUCAAACUCUGAAGUUGUGGGGUUGUGGGUCCUUGAGGCCUCAUAAUUAAGAUUUGGUGUUUGUUCUUCAUGCAUAGAAACAGCAAUAAUGCUGAGGAAGAAGUUAUUUGGGAAUCCUUCUACAAACAGCAUCAAAGAAGAAAACAAAAGGAGGAAAACUGAUGAUCAAACUUUAGAUUUAUCUGUCAAAAACUGUGAAGUAGCAGAUAUAUCGAAAUACUUUCCAAACCUAGACAAAUCUGCACCAGUGAAAAUAGAAGAUGAGAUAAUAAGGUUACAGAAUGAACUAAACAAGGUGCUUCGUACAUUAAAUUUCCUAACACCUCCAAUAUCAUUUGUCUAUAAUCCAUUGGAAUAUGCACUACGUCCUCAUGAAAACUAUGUGAGAAAGUUCUGCACAAGUAAAAAGAAAAUUCUUUUUGUUGGCAUGAAUCCUGGACCUUAUGGAAUGUGUCAAACAGGUGUUCCAUUUGGAGACCCAAAAUGGGUUAAAGAGUGGCUUAGGAUUGAAGGGGAGGUCUUCAAACCUGAUACGGAAUGUCCAGAACGAAAAAUACUUGGUUUAGAGUCUUCUAGGAAAGAGCAGAGUGGUGACAGAUUUUGGGGCUAUUUUGCUAGCAUUUCUAAUGAACCUGAAGAGUUUUUUAAAAAUUCCUUUGUAUAUAACUUUUGUCCAUUGGCUUUCAUGAAGAAAGACGGCUGUAAUGUAACUCCAAAUGAAAUUAAGGAUGCCCAGGUAUACAACUAAUCAGCUUUAUAAUAUAUCAGCUAGUAGACCCGCAUUAAACUGAACAAAAAAGAUCCUGUAGGUUUAUGCAUUUUAUGGCAUCCUUACUGUCUUACAGGGUGUCAAUUUGUUUCAAUUUAUAGAUUUUAGUUUCUCAUAAUUUACUUGUGUGAAUCAGAUGAAACUCUAUGAAGUGAUGGUGGACAUUGAAGGAUUUUGGGGAAAACUAAAACUAGUUUCUUUGUUAGUGUGGUCAAUGAGCUUUCAAACAAAAUUAUAUUUUCUCCUGCUCAUAAAUAAGUAGUUUGAGGUUCCAUGUUUGGAGAAGUAUUCUAAAUCCUUUACAUGUGAUUAUUUCAUAGUGUGUAUAGAGGUGACUAAAUAACAAUGUUAUGUAAAAAAAUGCUUUUUUUCUUCAAUUGUAUCUUGAAUAUUAGUACAGAUCUGAAAUUGAAUGUCAAAAUUCCACUUUGCAGUAAAUUGUGUUUUCAAUAAAAACAAAGAUAUUUUGAAGAGAGAAAUUGAGAAGAAAAAAGUAAUCUGCUGCCUAAUUCUUUCAUAAAAGUAUAAUAUUCACAUACAAUUUUAGAGCUGGACUAUUAUUUGAUAACCAGUUACCACUGAAAAAUAAAAUUUGCAUCUAUCAGUUGGUAUAUUAUAAAGCUAAAUACUGCAUGCACAAAUCAACAAAAUUUCAGCUAUUUAUUCUACAAAAAAUUGUAUUCAUUUGACAACAUUUAAUAACUAUUAAAAUCAUAUGAAUGUAUGAAAAAAUAAGGCUCUCUGAAUAUUCCGAUUGUUGAUACAGGGAAAGCUGUUUCUUAUCUGUUUAGCCUUUCAUUUUAUCAAUGUUUGUGAAAGUAUUAAGCAUCAAAAGCUUAAGUUUCAUUUGCAUCUUGAUUAUCUGGAACCACCCCCACAUAUUUUAUGACAUUACAAGUUAAAAUUAUUUCAUAUUCUUUGCAUUGUCACAAUCUUUGUCUUACAGUUACGAAGAGAACUGGAAAACAUAUGUGGUGGCUGCUUUGUAAGACUUCUUGACCUGCUUGAACCAGAAAUCAUCAUUGCUAUUGGUUCAUACAUUGACAAAAAAAUCAAAGAUUUAUUCAAGACUCACAAUAUUACUGACAUAAAUGUACUGUGCUUACCUCAUCCCAGUCCAAGAGCACUGAAUAAUACCAACUGGCCUGAAAAAGCAGAGCAAUUUCUGGUCACAAACGAUUUGAAACAGUAUUUUGUGCCUUCAAAUGGAGAGUGAUUGUGGCUUUACGGAUGAAGAGAAACUUUUUAUGGAUAAGGCAUUCUUUUUUGCAACUGAAGCUUUAGCUGCUCAAGAAGUUCCAGUGGGUUGUAUAUUUGUGUACAAUAAAGAAAUUAUUGCCUUAGGUCGCAACACUGUCAAUGAAACCAAAAACGCAACACGUCACGCUGAGCUGAACUGCAUCGACCAAGUAGUUGAUUAUUGUCAAACAAACACCUUGGAUCAAAAUGAAGUGUUCAAAGAGCUAUCAGUAUAUGUGACUGUCGAACCGUGCAUCAUGUGUGCCGCGGCUCUCUAUGUCUUGAAAGUGAAAAACAUCGUUUACGGCUGUCAAAAUGAUAGGUUUGGUGGCUCAACGGUACUUGACGUAGCCGCGGUGCUGCGACCAGUGACGAUCAUGAAAGGGGGGUACAAGGGCGAGGAGGCUAUGGGUUUGCUGAAGGAGUUCUACAAAGGAACUAAUCCCAGUGCGCCACCGUCAAAGGUUAAAGUGAAGCACAACUGAACAAUGGCGAUGUAACAUUUUUAUUCAGAUUUUGCUAAUAAAUAGCAGAAUGAGAUGUUAAGCAGUUUUCACAUUGUAACAUGAUGUCAAUGGAUUUAGAAUGAGAUCUGACCGUCAUUUUAUAAAUAAGAAAUUUUUGUUAUGAAUAGUGCAGUACUAAUGACACAUGUAGGAAGAACACGAGUCUAUAAACCACUUUAACCACGACACUGUAUUGUUGGUAGAAACGUAAGUGUGCCGGUUCGCGUCGUGACCGAGACAGGUGGCCGCUACCCGAUACUUGGGAAACUAGUGACAAAAUUUUGUUACCGUCACUAUUUAAAUCCAAAUGCUGUAAUUACGGUUUGCAAGGCACCACAUAUAUAGUAUUGCUCAACUUAUUUUUUUAAAUUGAUGUUUCACAAUGACAGAUUCUCUGUACGAGCACUAUACAAGCACUUCUGCGACUGUCAUGUUUGUUCGCGGGUCCUGACUCAAAUUCGGCCCUUUAACUUUGCACGAACUUAUGACUAAAUAAAUAUGUAGCAUAAGUAUAUACACAGUCUACUGUUUCGCAAUAAGCUUACAUUACGUUUAUCUCUGCACUAAAUAGUAAUAUACUUUGGAAAGGCCAGUGUCUCAUAUGGUUGGCUACAGCGCCACCGACACUAAUGUUUCCUAAGUAGAUUUCUGUUUAGUGCGGGGAGGUGAAUUAUAGCUGUGAUGUAUGACCCUACGGUAUCUCAUUUCAUCUCGGAUAAUUUUUUGGACAUUGAAACAUGGUUGGCUAACAGGUGAAAUACGUGAUGUUCGCUUGUCCACCAUGACAUUUUAAAAUGAAAAUAAACAUUCUUCGCAUUUUUUCCUGAAAUACCUCAUUUAUAGCUAAAGGUAUGUUUUAUGAAAUGACGGUAGAUCUGGCGGCUAUAUGAUCUUGAACUAACUGUUUUUGUUUGAAGACCCUUUUUAAUAUUACACUGUACAACAAUGAGAGACGAGAAUGUUUUUAAUGAUAUAAUUAUUAUUUGUCGCGUCUGUUACACAUGUACAUAUUAGUAAUCUGUUAUUAUAAAUAUUGAUCAACUUUAAAAUAUAUAUAUUCAGUCACCACUUUGUGUAUAUGCUCAGUUACUGAUGGUAUGGAAUAUAGUUUCCGAUAUCUUUAUAAAAAAUUAAAUUUUUGUUUCAAAUAAUUGAUAUUUUUUGUUGAUCACAUAAGCUCAAGAUUAGUGUUGCCCUGAAGUAAAAUAUGGGAUGCAUAACCACCUUUUUAACAUUCUUUUACUAUCAUUAUAUUGCAAAAUUUUAAUCUAAUGAUCAAAAUAUUUUCAUAUAAAUUAUCAAAGCGUUUAUGUUGAUGAGUUUAUAAUUAUAUGCAUCUAUUUCAAGGUUUUUUGUUAUGUCCUUAUUUUAUAAAGUUUAUUUGUAUUUUGUUUUAAACAACAUAGAUGGAGUUUGUUAAGUUUGUGUGCGAUUAAUAUUUCUGGAAAUAUAUGCUACAACUUUUAUUAAACUGUAA